AUGAUUCUUGGACGUGGUCCUAGUGUAAUACCAGUUGCAAAAGAGUCGUCAUUAAUGAUACGUCAACCUUCGACUAGUGCUGGACCAUCUGAAGUUGUGGAACUUCCAGUGCCAUCACCAUCACAAUCACAGUCUACCAGUUCAAGAACUCUCUCUCCAGCUCCAUCAGCAUCAUCCCUUCCACCACCAAGAUCUCAUAAACGGAGGCGUUCAGAAGAACAAGAGACGUCACAGAGGAGAGAACAUGUCAUCUCAGCACUAGACAAAUUAGCUGAUCUUGUUGUCGAGAGAAAUGUGUUAGAAAGGUUUAUGCCAUCUUUAAGUAACCAGCAUGACCAGUACUUGCAGCAAGUUGCAUUUAAGUUAUUAUUGCUCUAG